ACUAUUCUUUGUGUUUCCUAUGUUCUCACUUUCCAGUGCUUUGAUGCUUCCAUCAGGUUACUCCUACAUUUGCUGCCACCAGAGACAAUUUACUGCUACCUUCAUUAUCUCCGUGUUUGGAGCUGUCAGUUGAUGCUGAUAACCAAGCUAGUUCGUUACCGCUUCAUCUCGUAGCCUACUUUCCAGUGCUUUGUGCUUUGAUCAUAUCACGUGCCUACAUCAGCUGUUGGUAUGAGUUGUUCACUGAUGCCUAA